AUUAUUUUACAUAAUAAUACCAGAAAACACGUAUAAAGAAUAAUAAUAAUAAUAAUUGUUAGUACAAAACAACGUCAACUGGAAAAUAUGUUCAAUCGUCAAUCUGCUAUCAUAAUGUAGUAGAAAAAAAUUUUGUAAACUGUUUGCUAACGCCAUCUAUCUUACAAAUUGAAAACUAAAGUGUACAAGACAAUAACAACAAAAAGCGGUAAAGGAGGGCUGAAAGAUGGUGUAUUUUAGAAAUAAAGAAAAAGGUGAAAAAUCCAAUGGAGAUGUUGACGAGAAAACAAAGAAUAAGAUUGUAUAUGAUCGAGUAAAUGUCAAAACCUUGCCGUCUUUUUCCUUGCUUAACGACAAGGUUCAAAAGGUAGUACGGUCAGCGUCUUGGUAUGAACGCUACGGAAGAGAAUGGCAGAUGAUUGGAAUUAUGCUAUUACUCUUUCCAACUUGUAUUUAUAUGCAAUGCUCUUCGAAUUUGGUUAAUAUUAUUGGUGGAACUCUGAUAGGAGGGUUCGCCUAUGCCGGACUAUCGCAGAGAUUUGGUCAUUUAGCCGUCCACGGAGCUCUCACCCAAAGCAAGUCAAUUAACAAACUAUUGGCCGAUAUUCUGGUACAAUUCUUUGGCAAUUUUCCAACAUGUCUCGUCUACGACGCUCAUAUCGUGUUGCAUCAUCCCCACACCAAUAUCAUAGAUUUGGGAGAUUCAAGUAUAUGGAAAGUGCCAGCUCUGCCAAAAAUUGUAUAUAUGCUUUUUGCUCCAUUUCUACUGCCAGUUCUUACACCAGUAUUCGGUUUGGUCGGGUUAAUAGUUGAGAGAAAGUUUGGCUAUGUCCUCCAGUAUCUAUUAUGGUCAACCCUAGGCUUGGUUGCUCAUUUCCUUCCUCUAUACUAUUUUGGCUACAGCAUUGCGGCUUGCUUAUUCUUGAUAUUCGCCAGCAAAAGCGUAUUUACUGUUCCCUAUAUACAUAUCAACAUAUUCCAGCAUAUAGGCCUUCCUAUGUACUCUAAUGAGGCAAGGCCUCCAAGAGUUUAUCAGAUGUCUACGGGUGUUCUAAAUCUUCGCAAAAAUCUUAUAUUAGACCUAGUAUUCGGACCGGCACUAAUCGACUGUCAUGUGGAGCAUCACCUCUUUCCCAAGCUCUCCGAUUCAAUGUGCUUUCGCAUAAAGCCCUUAGUAAAGGAGUAUAUGAAAGAGAAUAAUUUACCCUAUCACGAAAGUGACUAUUCAGAGAGAUUUUUCGCAUUUAUGCAAGAUUACCAGCGACUUAUGAAAGAUGCCCCUCCUAUUACUCACUUUAUUGGAAUUCAGUGAUAGCAUUUAACCUUUGCUGAUUGCUCUUCUACGUUAGCUUUGUUAGAUAAAGAUGAUAAAUUAAAGCUGGCCGAAUUGGACUUCGCCCAAAACCAACUGGAUUUGCAAAUUUCAGUAUUUUUAGACACUCUUUAAAUAAUAUCUAAUAGAAGGAAGAGUGAUUACCUUCGUUUUGAAAACAUAGUAAUCAAAUACGUCUAAACAACACGCUGUAGUUUACAUAAAAAAAACCCUAAAGGAUAUUUAUCAAGUUAAUUAAUCAACCCCUUUCGCCAGGCAGAAUUUGUAUGCUUUUUUUUGUUUAUAUAUUCUCCUAGCUACCAUUUUGUUUUUUUUCAUAAUUAAAUAAACAGUACUGCGCUAAAACAAA